UGCGCAAGCACUAUUGUCUCCCCAUAUUACGAAGCUCUUGUCCUAGUCAUACCAUUCGCAAGGCGUCGUGUUCCCUCGCAGAGGUUAAAUCAACUUGCAGUGUGCCAAAUUGAUCCAGGUGUAUCAAGCAAGUGUAGCAAGACAAGACCCAUAUCAUUAGAGUAUAAGUCCAGCCACCGACGAUGCGUCAAGCAGUCAUCCUUCGGAGCGCUGCAGGGCGCGCCAGCAGCCACCCUGCAUCCACCAGGACUACGGAAAGCGUUCGUGCAGUUCCUGAUGCUGCUGUUGCCCGGCGCUCUGUCCUGCUAGGCCUGGCCACCAGUGUCGCCAGCCUGGCGUCCAGCGCCAGCAGAGCCCGUGCUGCGGGACCUCUCCUUUCGGAUCUUGUACGACCGCUCGUACAAAAAAUGGACGAGAACGGGGACGGGCUGCUGGACGUUGACGAAAUUCGGGGCGCCCUGCAACGGAACGGUGGCCUCACGCUCCCCCGGGAGACCGUGGUUCGAGACGUGAUGGCGCCCGUGGACUUCAACGACGACGCCGUGCUGACCGUGGACGAGUUCUCCCGGGGAAUGGCUCUGGAGCUGGAGGUGGACGAGCGCUGGCUACGGGUGAUGGAGCGGGACGGCGAGGCGGGUGUGAGCUUGGAGGAGCUGCAGCUGGGCCUCGGCGACCUCGGGGAGCGCGGGAGGGAGGUGGUGCCGGUGGCCUUCAAGAUGGCGGACAAGGACAAGAACGGGCGACUUGAUCGGGAGGAGGCUCAGAACGCCAUGAACCUCAUCGCGGCGGGGGUCACCGGGGAUUUCGGCGCUGAGGGCGCUGAGGAUGACGAGUGA